UCUGAAGCAUAAGAAGGCAGACAUCACUGUCAACUGUAACAUCAUGGGGUCGUCACUGACAGAAAACACAUUGUUCCGAUUGGCUACCAAAAAGUUUGUCAAAUCGGUUGGUGGCCCCACCCUAUUACCGGUGCCGAACGUCCAAGCUGGUCAUGUGCUGUUACCACUUAGUAUUGUUGUAAAACAUUCAUCUAAUAAAUGGUUUCGCCGAAAAAAGUGCGAGUAUUCAAUCAGGGAAACCAAGCUCACUGAGGUACUGGAGGACAAAUCAGAUCUGGACGUGGAGAUAACUGAAAUCAAAGAUCACGUUGCCAACUUGAGAAAUUCAAACUGCACUUGCGUAAGCGGGAAGACAGGCUUCAGUCUUUUUGAAACCCUGUUUGCACGUGGUAAAAUUGUGAAAUAUACCUGUCACUCAUUUACCUCAGGUAGAACAGAGGCAAAGUAUAUAACAAAGAGAGACCUUUUGGAAGCAUUAAAGAACAGAAAAAUUGACGUGAAGGAUCCUGAGAUCUCGCAGAUUAUCAAAGCCAAUAGGAAUGCUGUGCUUUGUGUUGUUGUUAGUGUAAUACGGACCACAGAACGAGUGGAUAUAACAGAGCAAAUAAAGAAAGAGAUCGAGGGAUGCUUACAGGUUGACGUACCCGACGCAAUAGGGGGUAUAUCAUUCGGAGGAGGAAUGCAGGCAAGUCCACAACUCUCCAUUGAUCCCACUGUUUUAGCUUAUGAGGUGUGCGAGCUGAAGGUUGAUAUGACGGAUGGGACCAUUGAGGUUCUUCUGGAGCCUGAUUUAUAUGGUGGAUUUUACAACUUUCCACAUGAACUGGACAAAUGUGAAGCCAUAGCGGAAUAUCCUACAGAGAAUUUUAUGCGUACCUUAUACGAAAAGUUGACCAAAAUGCCUGUUGAAGAUCGGACCACUAUCAAGGAGAUGGUCAUGAUGUCAGCUGAUGAUGUAGAUAUCAUAUGCCAGAUCCUGUUCCUGGCUGACACUUUAGAUAAAAAUGAAUCAAGGAAAGAGAAAAUCGAAACUGAUUCAUUUGAUACCACGAGCAUUUCAACUGGAUAUCAUUCUGAGCCAACAACACCUUCGGAUGAUGAUGUCACAACGCCUAUUGAUUCUCUGUUCCUGGCUGACACUUUAGAUAAAAAUGAAUCAAGGAAAGAGAAAAUCGAAACUGAUUCAUUUGAUACCACGAGCAUUUCAACUGGAUAUCAUUCUGAGCCAACAACACCUUCGGAUGAUGAUGUCACAACGCCUAUUGAUUCUGGUGCUGAAAAUCACUUCCGGCCGAUUGUGUCCCGGACGAUGACUUUUCGGAGAAUGCUUGAAGUAAUAGGGUGGCGCAGAAUGGGUGAUACCAUGGUUCAGCCAACUGAUAAGGAACAGAUAUGUUUUUUCCAUUGCUUUUUUGUUUUGCUGAAAAGACUACAUCAAGAAAUGCCUGAUAUAGUGAAAAGUAUUAACACUUUAACGUCUAGGACAAGAAAUCAGCUGUUGGAAACAUGCCGUUUGAAGUGGGUUCCUAAUGAAGAGGACGAAACCGAUAUGAAAAAAGUUCAGGUGUGUAUUGAAACGGAAGAGCUCAGUCAGUUUGAACAGCUUUGCGGAUACCUGCAGGAGUGUGAUCAAAUGACAUGCGCUAUAUUCUCAAUGCUCCUUGCUCAUUCUUGAUAUCCUGAUUGGGUGGAAUGGAAUGUCUUGCAGGAUUCACUGGAACUUUAUUUCAGACUAACGUCAUUGUUUGAAGAACUUUUCACCGAUGGAUGCUGGCUAUCAAUUUCACAGUUAAACAGUGCGCUUGUGGGCUCGGCCGUUACUAUUUUGGUUAAACACUGUACUUUGUAUAGCAUCUUUAAGGAACUGCUGCUCGGCUGUCAGACAGUGAAAUUUACAUUUCAUCGUCUGUAAAUAACUUGUUCGGUCGUUAAACAAUAGACUUUAUAAAGUUACAUCGUCUGUAAAUAACUUGUUCGGUCGUUACACAAUAGACUUUAUAAAAUUACAUCGUCUGUAAAUAACUUGUUCGGUCGUUAAACAAUAGACUUUAUAAAGUUACAUCGUCUGUAAAUAACUUGUUCGGUCGUUAAACAAUAGACUUUAUUAAUUUACAUCGUCUUUAAAGGAAGGUCGGCGCGUAAUGCUUCUCUCGUCACGCCAGCGGUUCCUGACAGUUUCAGCAGUAAUGGGUCUGCCAUUAUUACCCGAGGUAGACGACGCAGUCUCUACAAUAUCUUGAAUCUGUUGCGCAAGUGCGGCAAUCGGAUCGCCCUGUCUUGUCGCUACACGCGGUCUACCGUUCCUUGGACGAUCGGGAACUACCCCAGUAGCAUAGAAACGUGUAUAGAGACGGUUAAUUGUACAUUGGACAAAGCCACACUGCCGUGCGACAGCAGUUUGGCUAUGACCAUCCAUCAACAUCGCAAUUGCUCUACCCUGUGGAUUUGCGUUAAGCGUGGCAUCUCGGUCCAUGGCGGAAUCAAACUGUCAACAUGGAAAAUUAAUCACGCCGCAUGAUUUGGACUACAGAAGCUUAUAAAGUCAGACAACGACAUCGUCACGCUGAUUUUAGGGUAGAUUGUCGAGAAGGGAGAUCACUCUUGAUGUAAAACAUGUAUCUAAUAAUGACUUUAAUUUGUAUGUUGUUAUCGUAUUUAUAGAAAUGAAAUAAAGAAUGAUCAAAACCAACAA